UAUUGCCUCAAGCCUGGACCUAGACCACAACAAGCCGAGUAGCAUGCUCAGGUUUUGAAGAACCCACCAUCACCACCCCUUUCCGCGAUUUUCUGGUCAUUGGGCAUAGAAUAUAAAUUGUAAGCAGUCCCAAUUUCCGAACUUAUCUCUAUGCGCCGCAAAAACUGUGCACAAUAUCUGCGUCUGCAUGGCUAUCGAGUCCCCGUCUAAUCAGAUUCACAGCUCAAGCCCAACAUGCCUUCCUCCAAACCCUCCAAAUCCUCCAAGCUCAAGCCGACCGACACAAAAUGGUCAUGCGAAUUCGACACAGCACGCAGGGAAAAUCUCUUUCGACAUCCACCAAAGGAUCACUCUGCAUACCCUCUCCUUAAAGAUGCCAUCGCGCCGCAUGUCGAGUCCUUCAAUGCUUUAUUCGGGGAGGACGGGCUGAUUGCGCGGGGUCUGAAGGAUAUAGGAACAAAAUACUACUUUGACGGAGAUGCUCAGGCUCCUAUAUCAUCCAGAAAUAAGAUGUCAAUUCGAAUUAAAGAGGUCAUCGUCAAUAAGCCUCAAUUGACCGACGCGAACAAAUUUUCCAAGACAAGAUCUAUACUGCCCUCAGAAUGUAGGGAAAGGCAUGUCACGUAUCGUGGCAAAGUGAGUGGGCGUUUUGAGGUGAGAAUAAAUGAUGGAGAUCCACACGAAAUGAUACGGGAAUUGGGGCAAAUGCCUAUUAUGAUGAUGGUAUGCUGAACUUUCUCUUCCCCACGGCCUCUUAGACUAACAAUAUGUUCAAGUCAAGUUUAUGUCAUCUCCAGAACAACUCUCCGGAUCUACUAGUACAUCGCAAGGAAGAAGCGGAAGAACAAGGUGGAUAUUUCGUUGUGAAUGGUAUCGAAAAGAUUAUUCGUCUGCUAGUCGUCAAUCGCAGAAAUUUUCCAAUGGCAAUCGUGCGACCUUCAUUUGUAAACAGAGGACCUACCUACACCGAAUUCGGAAUCAUCACGCGAUCAGUACGACCAGAUCAAACCUCACAGACCAAUGUUCUUCAUUACCUAAAUGACGGAAACGUGAUAUUUCGAUUCUCGUGGAGAAAGGCAGAAUAUCUUGUGCCGGUGAUGAUGAUUCUGAAGGCGCUGGUUGAAACCAACGAUCGAGAAAUCUUUGAUGGCAUUGUAGGCCGAAAUCAAUUUGGCGAGUCCAAAAAGGAGUUCUUUUUCGACAGAGCAGAACUCCUCCUUCGGACAUACAAAAAUUACGGACUUUACACCAAGAGCCAAACUAGAGCCUAUUUGGGAGAAAAGUUCCGUGUGGUGCUCGGCAUUCCAGAAAACAUGUCCAACUACGACUGCGGAACUGAAUUCUUACGAAAAAUCGUACUUGUCCAUCUUGGCAACCUCGAUGUUACGGAAGCCCAAGAUAAUGAUAAGUUUAAGAUGCUUCUUUUCAUGAUUAGAAAGAUUUAUGCUUUAGUCUCAGCAGAGUGCGCCGUUGACAACCCCGAUGCGGUACAAAAUCAGGAAAUCCUGCUCGGCGGGUUUCUCUAUGGGAUGAUUCUCAAAGAGAAUCUGGAAGACCUCCUAACAACUGGGAUUCGGGCAGCUCUGAGAGACCAUCUCAGAAAGGUCCCAGAAGAAAGUUUUGCCACUCCAGAAUUCUUGAGGACCCUUCAAUCCAAGAUCCUCCCGAGGGUCAACCACAAUAUGGGUGCAAAAUUAGAAUAUUUCAUGUCCACGGGAAAUCUUGUCAGUCCUACAGGUCUCGAUUUACAACAAGUUUCUGGCUUUACCGUUGUGGCUGAAAAAAUCAAUUUCUUACGGUUCAUUAGUCAUUUCCGUAUGAUUCACAGAGGAAGCUUCUUUGCCCAAUUGAAAACCACCACGGUUCGAAAAUUGCUGCCCGAAAGUUGGGGGUUUUUGUGCCCAGUCCACACACCCGAUGGAAGUCCUUGCGGCUUGCUGAAUCAUCUGGCUCACAAGUGCAAGAUUCUCAUUAAAUCAUUGGAUGUUUCUGAGAUACCACGGUUGAUUGUUGAUCUUGGGGCUGUCAACUCAAAUUCCUCUUCAACCCAAGAGAGUGUAGUCAUCCAGCUGGAUGGUAGAAUACUCGGUUGGUGUACACCGAAACAAUCUACAUUCAUCGCGGACACUCUAAGAUACUGGAAGGUCGAGGGGUCUCACAAUGUGCCCAAAGAGUUAGAAAUUUGUUAUGUGCCAAAUUCGCGAGGCGGACAAUAUCCCGGAAUCUAUAUGUCUUCAGGCCCAUCAAGAAUGCUUCGACCAGUCAAAUAUCUACCUUUGGAUCAGGAAGACUUCGUUGGCCCCCAAGAACAACCAUUCAUGUCAAUUGCUGUUACCGAACCAGAAAUCAUCUCUGGCGAAUCCACACAUGUUGAGUUUGACCCAACCAAUAUUCUAUCGAUUCUCGCCAACAUGACACCAUUUUCUGACCACAAUCAAUCUCCUCGUAACAUGUACCAAUGUCAGAUGGGUAAACAAUCUAUGGGAACUGCCGGUACCGCUAUUCGAUACAGGAGCGACAAUAAAACGUACAGGCUACAGACCGGCCAGACUCCAAUCGUUCGGGCACCAUUGCAUAACGAUUAUGGAUUCGACAACUUUCCCAAUGGUAUGAAUGCCGUAGUUGCCGUCAUUUCGUACACAGGUUAUGACAUGGACGACGCUAUGAUAAUCAACAAGUCUGCACACGAACGGGGAUUUGGACAUGGAACCAUCUACAAAGUCAAAAAGGUUGACUUGGAAGAAGGUGGUGACAGGUCUAGGUCUUCAAAGAACGUUAAGAAACUGUUUGGCUUUGCACCUGGAUCUGAGGUCAAAGCUGAGAUAAAGUCAUAUCUUGAUGAUGAUGGAUUGCCUCACAUUGGUCGACUCAUUGGAGAGAAAGAUAUCAUCGCCGCCUGGCAUCACGUCACUCAGGACGGGAACGGCAAAUAUGUAAACAAGGACCGCAUAACACAUUACGAAAAAUACAAGGAGAAGGAAAUCGCCUUUAUCGAAGAGGUUCGUUUGAUUGGAAACGAAAAUGGAACGGACCCUCUGCGAUCCAUCUCCAUCAAAUUCCGAGUACCCAGAUCUCCAAUUGUUGGUGACAAAUUCUCCUCUCGGCAUGGACAAAAGGGUGUCUGCUCUCAAAAAUGGCCUACCUAUGACAUGCCAUUUUCGGAAUCUGGUAUGCAACCCGAUGUUAUCAUCAAUCCUCACGCUUUCCCGUCUCGUAUGACGAUUGGUAUGUUUAUUGAGUCACUUGCUGGCAAAUCGGGAGCGCUCCAUGGUCUUGCUCAAGACAGCACACCUUUCAAAUUUGACGAACAAAAUACUGCUGGAGACUAUUUUGGACAUCAACUCAUGAAGGCAGGGUACAAUUACCACGGGAAUGAGCCCAUGUACUCUGGUAUCACUGGGGAGGAAUUACAUGCCGACAUCUACAUUGGUGUUGUCUACUACCAACGUCUCCGACACAUGGUCAACGAUAAGUUCCAAGUGAGAACGACAGGUCCAGUGACACAACUUACCGGCCAGCCAAUCAAGGGUCGAAAGAAGGGAGGUGGUAUCCGUGUUGGUGAAAUGGAGCGUGACUCGUUACUUGCCCACGGAACGGCCUACCUCCUUCAAGAUCGUCUCCUCAACUGUUCCGACUUCCAACGUUCCUGGAUCUGUAAGGCAUGUGGGACCUUCCUCUCGGUGCAACCCACCGUCUCUGCUCUGGCCACGCGACACACCGGGACGGGUAUUGUACGUUGUCGGAGAUGCGCGGUCACUGUGGAUGGUUGGUCACGGGGAGCGGACAUCUGGGAAGAUGGCAAGGGACAGAAAUACACGGGUGGCGAGGAUACUACGCUGGUGACGGUUCCGGGUGUCCUCAAGUAUCUGGAUGUCGAAUUGGCGGCUAUGGGCAUCAAGCUCAAGUAUAAUAUUGAGCCGUAAAUGGUAAAGUCCAGGAGUGGGUAAUGUGAGAUGAGAUGAUUGCAAGAUGGUGUUCUUGGAGUUUGUGUAUUUACAGGCAGGGGUGGGGUAUCUCAUGUUGAUUUUUUCACAUUUCAAAAGGUGCUGCUACUCUGAAAAAGGGUGCUACUGUAGGAGAGUUAUUGGUGUAUCGUGAGUUAGCUAUAGAUGAAUAGAUAUUUC